ACGAAGGAUCAGACGAUUGCCUUCAAUUCAGUUCGUCUCCUUUUUGGGUUUUGGGUUCUCAUUUUGUUUGAUCGGAAAUCAUCGAAAAGAGAAUUUGAACCCAAUCUGGACGGUUCCACCAACUGAAGCCAGAAUAUGAUACUACUCUCUGCAGCUCAGCUUCCGCCACGUGCCCUCGUCUCUCUGUAGUUGUUCUUUCUCUUGUAUAAAAACAGGGUUCAUUUCCAUCUCGCUGCAUACACCCAACUCUCGAGAUUUUCAGCAACUUUUCACUCCUUCGCUCUACUCUCCUCCUACCUUGAAAACCCACAUAAGCUUUUCCUUGUUCUUCCAAUUCUCCUUGUCUGUAGCCUGCUUCGAGAAUUCAAGAGAUGAGUCGUUUCUGGACUUUCCUCACCCACGUUCACGCGGUUGCUGGGCCGGUUACGAUGCUGCUUUACCCUCUGUAUGCGUCAGUGAUGGCGAUAGAGAGCCCUGGUAAGGAGGACGAUGAGCAGUGGCUUGCUUAUUGGAUCAUCUAUUCCUUCCUAACCCUCUCCGAGAUGCUGCUUCAAUCCGUUCUCGAGUGGGUUCCAAUAUGGUACACGGCGAAGCUGGUGCUGGCGGCGUGGCUGGUUCUGCCGCAGUUCAAAGGGGCAGCUUUCUUGUAUGAGCGGUUCGUGAGGGCCCACAUCAGGAAACAUCUCACUAACAAGGGCAGUGGCGCCAAGGGCAAGAGCAAGUUCGUUCACUUUGUUACCAACAAGAAAGGAGAGCAAGAGGCUUACUGAUUGGAACAACGGCAACAACCAAAGGAGCAGACGAAGGACAAACAGAGAAAUCGUUUUAGUAGAAUGGGGCUUGGCUUGGCUUGGUUUCCGCUUUCGUUUUAGUUGUUUCUUCUAUUGCAGGCAGCUGCUGUUUUUCUUUUGCAGUUUGAGUUAAGGGAUUGUAAUGAGAACUCAAACCGUUUUUAGGAAGCAUAAUUUCGGUUGACAGAAGAGGACAAGAAUUCCCACUUCUACACAUAAUAUAAUACACCGAAGGGAAAAACGGGAGCCCCAUUUCAAAUUUCCUGCAACGAGAGUGAAAGUAGGAAGGACAUUUUGGUCUUCACAAUUACUUUUUUUUAUUCAUUAAAAAGACAUGUACUAGGAUUCGAACCAUGACCAUUUUAAAAAAAAGCAAGGAUCAUAACCAAUCACACUAAGUACAUUUGUUGUAUCUUUUUAAAUUAAAAACAUAUAAUAGCAGGACGGAAAAAACUCUUCCCCCAUUUCAAGUUCCCUGCUCCAUGAGCGUUUGUAGGAAGGGUAGAAUAAAGAGUAUCAAUUUUU